CGAGCAGAGAAAAUUGCGUAAACAGAGGGUCGUCGACGUGCAGAGACUGAUGCUGCGAAAGGAGAGGCGAGCACGAGCGUGGUCGUAGUUGAGUCGCGAUCGAAGACCCAGAUCGUGUUCAUCUCCGUUGACGCGCGUUGCUCACGCUCAUUCUACCUUGAUCCCUAAUUACCACCAUCUCCUUGCCGCCUCACACGCUGCCAGCUAGUAGAAAUGGAGAAAGACGCAGAUGGGUUCUUCACUUCUGCACCACCAGCAGCUUCAGCUCCCGCAGAAACUACGGAACCACAGCCUGCCUCAGAACCAACCGAGCCACAUGCAACCUCAGACCUGACAACAGACCUGAUCAAGUCAACAUUUGAAGUAUCGGUUACCUUAGCUGAUCAGCAAGCCGAUCCGAACUCUCCAUUGUUCAGUGUAAAGUCUUUUGAGGAGCUCGGACUCCAUGAAGAUCUCCUGAAAGGGAUAUAUGAUAUGGGCUUUACAAAGCCCUCAAAAAUCCAGGAGCGUGCUUUGCCUCUUCUAUUGGCCAACCCCCCGCAGAAUUUCAUUGGCCAGUCUCAAUCAGGGACUGGAAAGACGGCUGCCUUCGUCCUGACCAUGCUGAGUCGGGUUGACUUCUCUAAGAGCCAGACGCAGGCACUCUGUUUAGCACCCUCGAGAGAGCUGGCUCGCCAGAUAAUGUCUGUCGUGGUGACGAUGGGGAAGUACACUCCUGUACAAACGGAAUAUUCCAUCAAGGACAACUUGCCCAGGAGCACUACUCGAAUUAAUGCGCAUGUUAUCGUGGGUACGCCCGGUACAACAGUCGAUCUUAUUCGGAGGAAAGUCAUCGACACAUCGGAGAUCAAGGUCUUCGUACUUGAUGAAGCAGACAACAUGUUGGAUCAGGACGGCCUCGCAGAGCAGACUCUACGGGUGAAGAAUGCAUUGCCUCGUCAUGGAGGUCCGCAGGUUAUCCUCUUUUCCGCAACAUUCCCCCAUCACGUUCGAAACUUUGCGAACAAAGUUGCACCAAAUGCGAACAAGAUUGAGCUGAAAGAGAACGAGCUCUCUGUGGACAACAUCCGACAAUUCUACAUGGAUUGCCGUAAUGAAGAACAUAAAUAUGACGUGCUCGUGUCUCUCUACAGCUUGCUCACGAUUGGCCAGAGUAUCAUCUUCUGCCAGCGCCGGAAUACUGCCGAUCGUAUUGCGCAGCGCAUGACUGCUGAGGGCCAUAAGGUGGCCUCUUUGCAUGGCGCAAAGGAUGCUGCAGAACGUGACGCGAUCAUCGACCGGUUCCGCGAGGGCAAGGAGAAGGUCCUCAUUACGACCAAUGUCAUCGCUCGCGGGAUUGACAUCAUGCAAGUAAAUAUGGUGGUCAAUUAUGACCUACCCCUCUUGGGCGAGCGCGACAACUGGUCGAAUCGACAGGACGCGCGGCCGGAUAUAGACACCUACAUCCAUCGUAUUGGGCGCACUGGACGAUUCGGCAGGAAGGGGAUCUCGAUAAACUUUGUGCAUGACAAAACGACUUGGGCACAAAUGGAGCAGAUCGAGAAGGCGACCGGAAAGCAAAUCAUCCGGAUAGAGACGAACGAUUUGGAUGCAAUGGAGGAGCAAAUGAAGAAAGCGCUGAAGUAAUCUGCUGGUCCCUCAUCAUGUUAUCUGUAUGUAUUGUGUAGUGUUCCGCUGUCCCUCAUAACUCCAGCAAUUGCCACGUUGUAACAAUACAAGAAUUUCCGCCUCAUUUCAUCCUUGG